AUGUCUGCAAAAUCGAACGCAGACAAGAACAUCCAUAUGGAAGCCAACUCCCAGAAGAUCAAGUUGAAGCUGGUGAUCGACAAUCAGAGAGACAAGGUACUUUUCGCGGAGGCCGAUAGUAGCUUUGUAGACUUCCUAUUCUACACCCUUUCUCUGCCGUUGAGUGCCGUCGGCGCCUACUUAAGGGACGCCGGCCCUGGCAGCAUUGACAAGCUCCGUCAAAGCGUUGGUAAGCUUGAUGAAGGCCGUUAUAUUCAACACCAGGCUACCAGUAGCGCUUCAUCAAUCCUUGCGCCUCACUUGCUGACCCACGUACCAUUUUUGCCCCGCUUGACCGACGAAAUUAAUAAGCCCGUUGCAAAGUUUAUUUACCAUUGUCCUGACUAUGGAAGUCAUACACAUAUCUACAGCGUGGGGUCCGAUAUGGAGAAGAGCCGUUGCUGCUGGUGUUCUCGUGAGAAGACAACCAAAAUGGAAUUUAGUGAUUCGUCGCUCCAAACCAGGCCGGCGAAGUACGUGAACGACAUGGUCAAGUACAUGGUCACCGAUGAACUGUCGGUGUCGCCGUUGGAUUCGACUUCUGUUAUCGAUGCGAUCAAGGGAUGUGAUGUGAUCAUGGAGAAGUGUGUCGAGUUUGGUCCGCCGCAGGCACUGGAAAUGUUGAAGGCUGUGGUGCUGCAAUCCGACAAAGUCCUCACCAGCGUUCUUCUGCAGCCCAAAUAA